CAGGAACUGAACGCACGCCAUAGGACAAUUAAUUUACAUAAUUAUGUGUAUUUCUAGCUACAUUAAAUAUUAUGAUAUCCUAUUACCUAUAAAUAUUGAACGUUAGCAUUUACCCCAACAUCAUAGCACUACGCGAGACUGUGCAUAGGCUACUGGUUUAUCAUCAUCAUUUGUUUCGGCUGAUCCAAGCACUAACGUUAGCUACAACUGCCUGGAUAAAAUAAGGCACCAGGCACCAGACACCCGACACAUCCAUCCCUUUCUCUGGUGGCUGGGCUGAAUUCUAAGCAGUACCACUCCCCGGUCCCCCCCUCCACCUCCACCCCUCUGCCAUCCCCUCCUCACUACCUUCAUGACCAGACUGAGGGAAGAGGAUAGGCUGGGGCUCAGAUGAUCCCGCGCCGGGCUGCCGUAACCAAAUUUGUCCAGACAGGGAAGACAUAAGUAGUGCCUCUGGAGGGCCCUGCUCAGUGUCCCCUCGGCCGCUAGCCUGGCAGAGUGCUCCUUUCCCCCCUUUGAUCCCCCGGCCCGUGAGAUGCCCUCUCCCCCUGACGAUGGAGAGGAUCAAGGACCAUCCCCCAUGAACGGGCCAUCUGCGGGCUCCCACCAGAUCAGCGGGAGAAGAAAGGUCUGCACCAAGAAGAAGAAGGGGACCAUUACGGCCAACGUGGCUGGCACCAAAUAUGAAAUCGUUCGGAUAGUGAUCAAUGAAAUGGCCUUCCUGAAAACCCGAGAUGAGGACGAGACAGCCAACCUCAUCUGGAGCGACUCGGCUGUGCAGCACGAGAAAAUUGCUGAUCUCAGGAACUACCAGAAAAUUAACCAUUUCCCUGGGAUGGGGGAGAUUUGCCGGAAAGACUGUUUGGCAAGGAAUAUGUCCAAAAUGAUCAAGAGCCAGCCUCAGGAGUACAGCUUUAUUCCCAAAACGUGGAUCUUCCCCGCCGAGUACACCCAGUUUCAGAACUAUGUGAAGGAGCUGCGGCGGAAACGCAAGCAGAAGACGUUUAUCGUCAAACCUGCCAACGGAGCCAUGGGUCACGGGAUCUCCUUGAUACGAAACUGUGAAAAGCUACCGGCUCAAGCUCAAGACCACUUCAUAGUGCAGGAGUACCUAGACAAACCGUUCCUAAUGGAGGGCUACAAGUUUGACCUCAGGAUCUACAUCCUUGUAACGUCCUGUGACCCUCUACGCAUCUUCCUCUACAACGACGGCCUCGUCAGGAUGGGCACAGAGAAAUACCACGCGCCCAACGAGGCUAACCUGAGCCAGCUGUACAUGCAUCUAACAAACUACUCCGUCAACAAACACAACGAGAACUUCGAGAGGGACGAGACGGCAGACAAAGGCAGCAAGAGGUCCAUUGGUUGGUUCACUGAGUUCCUGCGCAUGAACGAUUACGACGUGGCCAAGUUCUGGGGGGAUGUUUCCGAGCUGGUGGUGAAGACUCUGAUAGUGGCUGAGCCCCACGUCCUCCAUGCCUACCGCAUGUGUCGCCCCGGACAGCCACCAGGGAGCGACAGCGUCUGCUUCGAGGUGCUGGGCUUUGACAUCAUCCUGGACCGCAAGCUCAAACCCUGGCUUCUGGAGAUCAAUCGAGCGCCGAGCUUCGGGACCGAUCAAAAGAUUGAUUACGACGUGAAGAAAGGGGUCUUGCUCAACGCACUGAAACUUCUCAACAUCAGAGCGAGCGACAAGAAGCGUAACCUGGCCCAGCAGAAGGCGGAGGCCCAGAGACGGCUCUACGGCCAGGGCUCCAUGAAGAAGCUCUCGGCCGCCUCCUCCGAGGCAGAAAAACAGCGCCACACGCUGGAGCGGAGGAAAGAAGAACUGAAAGAGCAACUGACUCAGGUCCGCAAGCAGAUCUCCCGGGAGGAGCAUGAAAAGAGACAUCUGGGGAACUACAGACGUAUUUACCCCCCAGAUGACAAGCUGCUCCUGGAGAAGUAUGAAAGCCUCCUCUCGGCUGCCUUUCAGACCUUCCUCGCCGGCCGAGCGGCCUCACUUCAAAAGGAAAUGAAUAAUCCUCUGAAACGAAUGAAGGAGGAGGACAUCUUGGACCUGCUGGAGCAGUGUGAGCUGGACGACGAGAAGCUUCUGGGGAAAUCCUCACGGCAGAGAGGACCCAAGCCCCUGUCCUCCAUGCCUGAGAGCGCCCAGACGCCGUGCGGCAGGAGACAAAGGGAGUACGGAGGCGAUGGAGGAGACGCCAGCGGCAGCAGUGUCAACAACAGCAGCUCCGAGGAGGGCCCUGAAGAGGAGGAUGACAGGGAGGAUGAGAGGGAAGGAGGGAAGACAAGGGAGAAGAAGAGUGUCUCUUACGACCUGGGAGAGAACAAGUAUAAGUCGUCGACGGAGCGCUCAGGACGGGUGCACUGGAAACCUCUGAUGAAGCCAGGCAAGGCAGGCCCCUCUGCCUCCUCCUCUCCGACCCUCUCUGGGCCAAUCAGACGCUCCAUCUCCUGCCCGCGUUCUAUCUCCUCCCUGGCCGGCCAGUUACCCACCAAUGAGACGCGAGCCUCACUGGCCAGGCCCUCCGUUCCGGCGGCGACGGUCCUCGUUAGGCCAAGCUCCGCUUCUCUGCGCUCUCAUUCGCUCAGCCGCAGCGGCUCCGCCCACAGGGUGCCACACAGCAGUAGUCUAGGUACCAUCCACGCUAACAUGGGCGAUCCCGUGCUGAUCCUGAGGAGUAAAGACCAGGAGACAGAGCUGACGAGACAGAGCCUGGCCGCUCUCAGCGCCAUGAGGAUCCGCUUCCCGGGGAAGACUGAGGAGAUGGCCGAGGCCGUUCUGGAUGAGAUAUUAGACAACUGGAAGUACCACAAACCCAAAGUGGCCUCUUACUGGCUGGUGAAGUUGGAUUCCACCAAACAAAGGAAGGUUCUGGACAUCGUCCGUACCAACGUGCGCUCGGUGCUGCAGCGGAUUUGGAGGGAGCCCGACGUGGACAGUUUACAUUUGUACCGCCUUUUCAACCGCGUCUUCAACCGACUGCUCUGGAGCCAUGGACAGGGCCUGUGGAACUUGUUCUCCAACACUGGCUCGUCAUGGGAGACCAUCUUCAAUAAGAGCAGCGAGGUGGUGUCGCCGCAGGAGCUCCAGUGCUGCCAGAGGCUGGUGCAGCUGUGCAGGGACUGCCUUCUCGUUGUCUACAAGUUCGUCUCCGAGUCCCGGGGCUCGCUCACCGGCCUCAACCCCGAAUGGGACGACACUAGGUAUCUGCUGCCAGUGACCUCCCAGUUCAUCAUGAAGUGGCCUUCGUCCAGCUUCGGCCAUGUCUCCUCGGCCAUGCCGCGCUCACGCAGCCUGUUCACCACCCGGAUGGGUCAGUUCUGACUGACUGCCCAGGCCCACCCUCAUGAGCUGUAACCCCCAGCCAAUCCCUCCUCCCGUUCAACUAACCAGUUAUGAGGGCUGAACUGGUGGACCUUGGACCCCACAGCGGCCCCACAAAGGCCAGAACAUAUGGGUGAGAUUAGUGACACACUUGCUCAGCCCAGAACAGCCCAAUGUUCCAACAGGACUCUUGAUCUGAGCUCCACUUAGUGUCAGACAAUGGGUCAUUCUCAUGUGCCCCGACCCAGUCUUUCUCUGUCUCUCUCUCUCUAUCUCUGUCUCUUUCAGUCUCUCUUUAUCUCUUUCUUUCUCUCUCUCUCUCUCUCUCAUUGUACCUUACAUUGCUGUAUAUAUCCGCUCACUGUACAGUUACAAGGUACUGUAAAGGAAAAAAACUAACAGAACAAGGAUUCUUACAUUUAUUUUGUAAAAUGUUCCAUGAAUGCAGCGAAUGCUGACGCAGUAUGCAGAUGGAAUGAGAUUAACAAGUUAUCCCUUCGUUGAGAAAAAAAAUAAGCUUAUUUUUUUGCUGGUUAUGACAAUUGCAAAAUGUAUUUUGGUGCUGUUUGUAUUUUAUUUAUUUUUUAACUUAUUUCAAUGUGUUGCUUUAGUUUACAUUGUUUUAACAGUCACUUUAUGUUCCUGUCAAUACAACCCAAAGUACAGUAGAGAGAGGAAAGACUAACUUAUGUAAAACCAUUGGGUCAAUUGCAACCAACAGGCAGAACUUGGUAGAACGCGCAGCUGCAGUUUAGCGCUGGAUUUCUUAAAACGCUACUAAUGGGAGUUUACAUGCACCUGCGUGUUAAAACAAACUUGCUUGCAACCAAAAACCCACAAGAAUAAACCAGCAGAUCAGUUGAAUUAAUCAAUAUUUAUUGUAAGAAUAUAGACCCAGUGAAUUGUAAGAAACUCGAGUAGAGUAUAGUUCAGUACAGGGAUGUAGAGUAUAGUACAUUACAGUAGAGUACUAAACUGCAACUGUACUAUA